AUGCCAGUUUUAGGACUUGAUACAGUAGUAAUUGGUUAUACUACACAACAGGUUACAAGAAAAGAUGAUAAUAGUAUAUUGGGAUUUACAAUACAAGAAUAUCUUGGUGACCAUGAACAGCCUGGGUUUUCAUUAGAAAUUCCAGAUACAGAUGAAUCUCUCAGAAAACAUGUAUUAGAAUUGGAGGAUCUUUCCAUACUUAUAACAACCAAUAAUCAAGAAACAGGUCAAUCAAACAGUCCAGGAGGUACACCAGUAAGAAAUACUCGAACAACAAGAGGUACUACUCCAAGAACUUCUAGAAGGCCACAUAGAACACUUAAUCAAAUGCCUGCAACAAUCCUUAAGUGA